UGGGAGCUGGGGGUGCCAAGGCAGCAUCAGACCUACAGGAAUGACAGAGCAUGCGUGUGGGUUUCAACACCAUUUUCAAAUUCACCGCCAACUCAUUACAUCCUAAAAGUAGAGUCCUUUUCGUCUUUAGAGAGGCAUUCAGCAGGUAGAUUUGAGUCAGGGCAGUUCGAUGCUGGAGGAUACAAAUGGAAACUGGUGGUGUACCCAAAUGGAUACAAGCAGAAGAAUGUGGAUGACCACAUCUCUGUCUACUUAGAAAUGGCUGGAGCAGAUUCACUUCAGACUGGUUGGGAAGUAUUUGUUGAUUUUAGAUUGUUUUUACGUGAUCAGAAUAAGGGAAUCUACUUGGUUCUUCAGGAUGCUAAUCUAAACAAGAUGUGCUUGCACGGGGCGAUGUUUGAAGUGGGUUUCGAUAGAGUUAUCCCUCUGAAUGCAUUUACUGAUUCUUCCAACGGCUAUCUGAUUAAUGAUACUUGUGUGUUUGGAGCCGAGGUCUUUGUUUGUAAAGAAAGAAGAGCUGGCAAAGCAGAACGCCUAUGCGCGAUCAACAGUGCUAUGUACAAGCAUCCUUGGAAGGUUUAUAUACCUUUAAAGUUCAGACCUGAAUUCUUGGAAUCAAAGCCAUUCUUUGCUGGAGGACAGACAUGGAAGAUACGUCUCUAUCCCAAGGGAUAUGACAAAGGAAAGGAUACUCAUGUUUCUCUUUACUUAACAUUGGCUAAUCCAGAACCUGCCUCCAAAAUACUUACAGAGUUUACUCUGCGCAUCGUUGAUCAAUUGAAUGGCAAGCAUUUUUUUUGUAAAGGUUGUCAAUGGUUCAGUGCCUUGACUCCCUCUUUCGGUUUCUCUAGGUUGAUUGCAUUUGACAUUUUGAAACAGUUAGACAAGGGUUUUUUGGUUCAGAGCUAUUGCUUAGUGGAGGCAGAGGUCACCGUCCAUGGAAUUUUUACAGCAUUGUAGUCAGCUAAAGCUUGUCCUAACGGCCACUUGCUGUUGCUGUCAAACAGAAACGUUUCUCCAAUUCAAUAUUGGCAACACAACAACAGGAUAUAAUGAUCCUUAUUUGAAGUUGUUUUCUGGUGCUUCUUUAAACAACACACUUUGGUGUUAGUUUCUAUUUGCAAAUUAGAAUUUUAUCAUUUGUAUGUCUACAUAUUGAGCUUUGCUAAGCAAGUCGGAAGGAGAGUCUAUACUUCACUGCUCUACAUGUGGUUUGGGCUUU